AUGGCAACAGAAUCAAUGGCAGCUGGAGCAACUCCGCCAAAAGUAGUAAAAGCAUCAAGAACGGUUACACUAACAACAACAAAUGCAGUAACAGCUCCAUCAACUACAGAGCCAGCCCUAAUACCAGCAGGAAAAUCAACAGAAAAAGCAACAGAACCAUCAUUAGCAACAGCAGAACCAUCCACAAUAGCAGCAGAAUCAACUCCAACAUUAUCAGAAUCAAAUGUACAGGGCUUGAGCAAGAAAUAUGAACAAUUAGACGUGUUUGUAAAUGAAACUAUGCCUGAUGUGCUUGGUAUUAGUGAACACUGGCUAUCUGAUGCCAAAUUAGAACUUUUUAAACCUCUAAACAUGGUACCAGCUAAUAAGUUUUGCAGAUCUACUAUCAGAGGUGGGGGUGUAUCAAUGUACGUAAAGAGCACAUUUGAUUUUAAUUCUGUAAAUGUAAGUAAAUAUUCAUUAGAAGGAACAAUUGAAUUAUGUGCAGCACGUAUAAAGAUACCAAAUGAUGAAAUUUAUCUGAACAAGUUAGUAAUUAUAGGAGAUUUCAACAUAAAUGUAUUAGCAGAUAAGUUACACACUAGACUAUUCGAGAACACUCUACUUGUAUAUAAUGUAAGAUACCUGAUAAACACUGCAAUCAGGGAGACUGAAACAUUCCAGUCUGCAAUAGAUAACAUAAUCACUGGUAUUCAUCUUUACGAUCUUACAUCUUCUGUUAUUAUAAGUGCUUUGUCAGACCACCAUGCAGUAGAAAUAAGUGUGCACAUAAAUAAGGUUCCUACACACAGUUGCUAUAGAUAUAUUAGGAUGAAUACAGACCAAAAUAUAACUCAGUUGAAUAAUAUGCUAAGGAAUGUGGAUUGGAACAGUGUUCUAACGACCCUUGAAAGUUAUGGCAAAUUCUCAAGUGAACUAUUCUACAUUCUUAACCAAGCCUGCCCAUUAAUAAAAAAGAGAAUUCAGUCACAUGCUGUAACCCGAAACUGGAUAUCAAGUUCAGUCACUGAGGCUAGAGAAAAACUAAGAUGGUAUGAGUAUGCUAUGUUAAAUGACUUGAGCAAUAAAAAAUUAAAAGAAGAGUCCAAAAAAUAUCAGAAAUACUAUGUAGACUUCCUAAUAUCAGAAAAACAGGAACAUUUUGAAAGUGUCAUUCAGAACUCAAAUAAUAUCUCCAAAAUGUCAUGGUCACUAGUAAAUAGAGAAAUAGGUAAAUCUGGGAACCACACAACUGAAAAUCACUUGCUAAUAAAUGGCACAAUAGAAACUGAUCAGAAUAAGAUAGCAGAUAUAUUUAACAAUUACUUUGCUUCUGUUGGCUCCAGCAUAAACAAUCAGCUUAAAAAUCAUAAAUAG